AUGGAUAAAAUCGAAUAUCGUGCGGUGAUUAAGUUUCUGACAAAAGAAGGUGUGGCACCAAAAGAUAUCGAUGAUCGCUUGCGUGCAGUUUAUGGUGACCGUGCUCCAUCGUAUGCCACAGUAAAACUAUGGGCAAAACAAUUCAAGUGGGGCAGAGAGUCAUUAGAAGACGAUCCACGUUCUGGUCGACCAAUUGAAGCAACUGCUCCAGAUAUGGUGGAAAAAAUUGAACACCUUGUGCAUGAAAAUCCACGAAUGAAAGAAAGUGUUAGCAGCAAUGUUUGCUCGCGAUGGAUUUCAAGAACUUUGAACAAGUCUCAAAAAGAAAAACGAGUUGCUGCUGCACAUGAGUUUCUCGAGUUGUUGGAAUGGAAUGAAGGGGAUACUUUUGAUCGUAUAGUGACUGGCGAUGAAACAUGGAUCUACUACUAUGAUCCAGAGCUCAAAACACAGACAAUGGAAUGGCACAAACGUGGUGAACCAGCAUUGAAAAUGCCACGCAAACAAAUUGCCACAAACAAG